CUUAGCUACCCGGCGUUUGACGUUUCUCCAUCUGUCUGUCAUAUUACUGGAAAUCGAAGAAAAUUGGUCGCAAACUUCGUGAAAAUGUCUCAUAUUGAAACCAAGGCGCAUCAAUUGAUGCAGGAAGCUGAGAAGAAGCUGAGUUCUGGAGGAUUCUUCAGGAACCUGUUCACAAAGUCCUCAGAGCGGAUAGAAGAAUCGAUAGAGUACUAUAUGCGGGCAGCUAACUUAUUCAAGAUGUCGAAGAACUGGAGUCAGGCUGGACAUGCGUUUGAAGAUGCCGCAGAUCAGUGCUUGAGAAACAACAAUGAAGCUGAAGCUGCGAUCAACUAUGUUGAAGCAGCAGUGUGCUUCAAAAAGUGCGACAUGGUCAAAGCGAUUGAUCUGUACACGAAGGCUAUCGAGUUGUACCAGGAGAAAGGCAAGUUUUUAAUGGCGGCAAAAAUUCAUCAAAACAUCGCCGAAUUAAUGGAAGAUGAUUACGAUUUGAAUGAAGCUAUUCAACAUUACGAAAAAGCUGCGGAUCUUUUCAAGCAAGAAUGCAAUUUUUCCUCUGCCAAUAAGUGCCUUGUGAAAGUUGCAGAAUAUGCCGCUUUGGAAAAAGAUUACGACAAGGCACUCAACAUAUUUCAAGAAAUCGCGUGUUUUGACUUGGCCAGCUCUUUGAUGAAAUACAGCGCGAAACAGUAUCUAUUUCGAGCAGCUAUUUGUCUGUUGUGUACUGAUACUGAUUUCAUUCCCAAGCUUCAGACUUACAUCGAUAUGUAUCCAGCUUUUGAAAAUAGCAGGGAAUACCAAUUGAUCGUAACUCUCAUGGAAAGUAUCUAUAAAGGAGAUGAAGAAUCAUUCACGGAAGCGAUCCGAAAAUUUGAUACAUCAUGCAGUCUCAGUCAGUGGCACGUCACAAUGCUGCUCAGAGUGAAGAAUCAAAGAAUGUGUAACCGCAUCGAUCUCAAAUAAAAUAGAAGAUGACUAUAUGAAUUAAAUAAUUCCCAAAGCUUGUCUUAAUUUAUUUUAUUCCAAAUAUACAGUCAGCUACAGAAUAUUGACAUUAACAUUUAAAGGCUAGUUUAGUAUGUGAAAAUUUGAAAUAAAGUGCAUAUAUAUAUAUAUAUAGCCGGAAAUUGUACAAAACUGGUUUUAGCAAACGUAUCUUUUUCUCAAUCAUAUCAACCAAAUCAAAAGUGUCUUACAUCAGUUUUUUUGUUUUUUAUGUUAAUUAUUAUUAUAUGAUAAUGAUGAAUAAAUUGAUACGUAUUGGCCAAUGAAAAUAUUUCACAUGUGGUGUAUUUGAGCGAAAAACUCCAAGAGACAAUUUUUUAGUAGAUUCAAUUUGGGAAUCAUGUUAAGUAUACCGCUGAUUGGUCAACUACACAGUUUAAGGUUAGAAAAGAAUUUGAAUUGUAAGCAUACAUCUUUCUUUUGUUACUAAACUAAAUCGUGUAAUAUUGGUUUACAAACAGGUUUUGAGAAUAAUUUCUGUUUCCGUGAAAUGGACAGCUGAUCAGCAAGUGGCA